CUCCACACCAGCCAGAUGCAUUCUUCUUUUCUUACACUCACGACAAAAUAUCGAACCCUUUAUUUCAUCACUCGUAAACUUUCAACAAAAUUUGAUUCACCGGAGCUCCGGCUCCUCCACUUUACUGCUUACCGCAACUUCAAAUUCAGCAAAUUCACCCUACCUUCGCUUCUCAAGAACUGCUCUUCCUUCCUCGACAUUUCCCAUGGGAAGAGAAUCCACGCCAUUGUCUUCCAACUUGGCCUCCACUCCGAUCUCUACAUUGCCAGCUCCCUAAUCACCCUCUACUCGAAAUGCGGUCUUUUGUUGGAUGCCAACCACGUGUUCAAUCAAUUGUCUCAAGGAGAUGCCACAGUUUGGAACUCUAUGGUCGCUGGCUACUUCCACCAGCACCAUUAUCAUGAAGGCCUCCACUAUCUCCAACAAAUGCAGCUUGCAGGUUUCAGGCCCGAUUGUCACUCACUCACCAUUAUUCUCAAGGCUUGCAGUGAUGGCGGGUUGGGCCUCAAGCAAGGUGAGCAAGUUCAUGGCUUUCUUGUUAGGAAUGCAUUGUACCAUGACACUUUUGCUCUCACUGCAUUGAUGCAUCUGUAUUCUAGAGCUGGAGAGGUAACAAAAGUUUGUGGCUUGUUUAAUGGAGUGUUUGAUAAAAGCAUUUCAAUGUGGAAUGUCGUCAUAUUCGGGUUAUGUUAUAAUGGUCUAUGGGAGAAUAGCUUGGAACAUUUUGUGCUCAUGAUGUUUGAGGGUUUCAAUGUGCAGCCGGAGACUGCUUCAUGCGUUCUUGUGGCAUGCUCGAUGGUGGGUGCCGGUGCAUUCGGCCAAGGCGUUCAUUGUUGUGCCAUAAAGAUGGGAUUUGAGUUGGAUUCCUAUGUUUGCAGUUCUCUGAUUAGUGUGUAUGCUAAUGCUGGAUUCAUGAAUGAGGCGUUCAGAGUUUUUGAUACUGUGCCCACGAAAGAAGUUCACACGGAUGGUCAGGGGGCGUUUGGAAGAAAAAUUCAUGGGUUGCUGACAAAAAUGCCAGCUUUAAGUUCCGUGGUGCUGCAAAGUUCAUUAAUAAACAUGUACAUGAGAAUCGGAGAUGUAGAUGAUGCUACGAAGCUUUUCAGUUCCGUUGAGGAAUGGGAUCUCGUCUUGUUAAGUUCUAUGAUCACUGGUUUUUGCCAAAACAAACAUUUUGAUCAUGCUUUGCAAAUAUUUAAUCAGUUCUGCGCUGAAGGUUUUAUUCCAGAUUCUGGAAUUAUCGCAAGCAUUGUCUCUGCCUGCACUGCCAUGGACUGGUUACAUCUUGGGUGUAAGAUUCAUUCAUUGGCGGUAAAGAAUGGCACCAUAUCAGAUACAUUUGUGGGCAGUGCUUUGAUUAGUAUGUAUUCCAAGUGUGGUUCGCCGUUAUCAGCAGCGAGCGUCUUCUACGUCAUUGAGAGAAAGAAUCUCGUCGUCUGGAACUCUCUAAUAUCAGGGUACAGCCGCAACGGCCUAUUUGACGAAUCACUGAACUCAUUUGCCGGAAUAAUUCGAAAUGGUUUUCUUCCUGAUCCUGUUUCUAUAACCAGCGUUCUUGUUUCGGUUUCCACUGUUGCAGCAUUAGCUAAAGGGAAGAUGAUACAUGCAUUUCUAGUGAGAAAUGGAGUUUUCUGUGAUGAAGUUGUUGGGAACUCAUUCAUUGACAUGUACAUGAAGUGCGGAUGUCCUAAAUAUGCUCGGUUGAUGUUUGACCAAAUGCCUCUAAGGAACCUCGUCACUUGGAAUACAAUGAUAGCUGGAUAUGGUUCGCAUGGGCUUUGCUUGAAGGCGAUGGAUUUGUUUGAUGAGAUGAAACAGUUGAAGAUAGUACCAGAUGGAACCUCGUUUCUCUCUCUAAUCUCUGCCUGUAGCCAUUCUGGUUUAGUAGAAGAAGGGCACAAAUUCUAUGAUUCUAUGAUAAAUGGUUACAGAAUAAAGCCUACAAUGGAGCAUUAUGCAAACAUUGUAGACCUAUUCAGUCGUGCGGGUUGCCUGAAUGAAGCCUAUCGCUUCAUUAAAGCUAUGCCGGUGGAGCCAGAUCCAAGCAUAUGGUUAUGCUUUCUGAUUGCUUGUAGAACUCACAGGGUCUCACAUCUUGGAGAAAUCGCCAGUGAUCAGAUAAUUAAAAGGAAGCCUCAAGAAAGUGAAAGCUACACUCAAGUUUUGAACUUCUAUGGGGAGAUGGGGUUGCUGGAGAAGGCUGCAAGUCUUAGAUUUCAGAUGAAGGAAGCAGGGGUGAUCAAGAAUCCGGGUUGCAGUUGGAUUGAAGUUAUGGAUAAAGUUCACGUUUUUUAUUCAGGAGAUUCAUGUUCUGCAUGGACUUCAGAAAUCCAUGCUUCCUUAAAAAGCCUUAAACGAACCAUGAAACUAAUUGACGAGUUCGAAUCAAUAUGACUAA